CUUCGAGGUUACUGGGACGCCCUGCCCAAACAACACAGGCAGCAGGACAAAUCCACAAGCGAAGGGUGCCUCUUAUUUGGAUUAUAUAAUAGAUUGUUUUAUUUGUCCGCUUAACGACGCUCGUAAAUGAGCGACGCAGUCGCAGGUCAUUUUAAACCAUUUUAAAGCUCGUUGAGACGAUGCGAUAGUUCAGAGACGACAGAGCCGGCGCCUGUUAGCAAACGUUAGCUGUCAGUGGCUAGCUGAAGUAGCUAACGUAUGUGAUAAGUCCCAGCAGUUCAGAGCAAAAGUUGUUUUAGAGAAGGUGUUUUGGGAGCGUAUCCUGAGACUCUUGAGCUACUGAACACCGUUUGUGUAUUAGGUGUACGAUAACAAAGCGUUAUAUUUAAAUUCAAGCUAGUAAGGCACCUUAAGUUAGCUUAGCCGCUAGGCAAACGACAACAUCAACCAAACUGGACAAAACAUUGGAUUUGGUCGGGUUUAAAUCGGGCUCGGCGGGUUCGCUGACCCCCCAGAAGAAGAUGAAGAAGAGGAAGGAGCUCAAUGCCUUGAUCGGGCUCGGGGACAGCAAGAGAAAGAAGACCAAAAAGGGGUCCGGUCACCGGCUUCUCCGAACCGAGCCGCCGGACUCGGAGUCCGAUUCCAGCUCGGAAGACGACGACUUCAACAACCUGAACAGUGGAGCUGGCUUUGGCAAAAGAAGCUACGCGCAGUGCUGCAACGUGUGCUACCCCUUAUUUCUGUUCAUCAUACUAGCUGCUUGUGUCAUGGCCUGUGCUGGACUAAUAUGGAUGCAGAUUGCUCUAAAAGAAGACCUAGACGCACUGAAAGAAAAGCUGCACAGCAUGGAAUCCAGUCAGAAGGUGUCAUCAAGUGAAAUACCAAAACUAAGCGAGGACCUGAAAAACAUGGAGAGAAAGCUUGAUGACAUUGAGAAUGGAGAAAAGGGAUUGGACAAGCUCUGGUCUAAUCUUACAGAAAUAAACCGGAAGAUCAGUUUACUGGACUCAGCUGUUGCCCAUUUGAAGGCCAACUUGAAAUCAGCAGCUGAUUUGAUCAGCCUUCCCACAACAGUCGAAGAGCUUCAAAAGAGUGUUGCCACAAUCGGCAGCACGCUCACAAGUGUCCAACACGAUGUAAAGACUAUGCAGACUUCCCUUGAAAGUCAGAAGAAAGAUGAGGAAGAGAAGAAGACAAUGGACAUAACGGACCUGAGAAAAGCCAUGACUGAGGCUAACAAGACAGAGGAGCAGCACCACACAUGGACUGAUGAGCAGAUCCACAUUCUGCUCUCUACAGUCGCAGAUCUUCAUCAGAGAGUGGCCACAUUGGAGAAUGGCUCAAAACAAAACACCUAUGAUGGAGAAACUCCAGUGACGACGAGCAGCGAAAGUCCAGCAACCGAGACAAUGGAAGAAACUACUACAACCAAAGCCACACCUGUGCAGGAGAUUUCCACGGCACUGACGCAGCAGCAGACAAGCAGACGUCCUCGCUUCUUAUCUCCAAACCGUUCGAAGAGAAAUGUUCAAACAAAAUGCCCAAACAGGGUGUCCCUGCCUGGUGUCAGUUCUGUGAAAGACUUGGAAGACAUCUUUCAGCAGGCAGGUGUUGGACGUGACUCACUCGGAUUGACCUACCAAGACCUGAGGAAAGUAUUUGGAAUAUCAACUCCCAGAGGGCCCACGAUGGAGUGUUUUGACAAUGACAGGGACCGGAGGUACUCCCUGAUGGAACUCAGAUCUGCCGUAGGUUUGUGAGCGUCGCUGACAUACGCAGUGAACAGUAUUGAAUGCCCUGCAGGGUCUGGGGUUUCUGGGGGUUUCCAACCCUUUUCUGUAAUUGCUGCACUUUUGUGAACUGGAUAUUUAUCAUAUUGAUUGUGGAAAAAGCGGCGCUGGCAUGCCUCCUACUGCCCCGCCCCCCCUCCCCGGUCCAUUUCAGCAGAACCUCAGCCACAAAGCAUCGCUUCAGUUUUAACAGCAAUCCAUACACGUAUCUGUAUGUAGUAUAUUCAGCCCUCAUUUUAACCAACUCUUCCGUUUAUAUUAACAUACUGUGGAAAAUAAGCAUAGUGAAUUAUUUUGAAUUGCAUUUUCCACCCUCAGCCGUAGACUUGCUGUGUUCGUGUUUUUUUUUUUUUUUUUUUUUUUGUGUUUUGUUUUUUUGAGUACCUGUCCCAUCUUGGUGUAACAUUUUUGUAAAUUUAGUUUCUGUUGAGGCUGUCAAUUGCAGAUGUCCCCACCCAUUAACACAAUCAACUGGUACAGCUCACCUAAAACUUAUUUAUAGAUUUGGAAAUAGAAUUUUAUGAAUGUUUACAAAUGACUACUAGAAAUUGAGUUUUUGUUUGGCAUUGGUUUGGUUUUUAGACAGUUUCCUAACUUAUCUGAGACACACAAGUGAGUGCAAGGGUUAACUUUUGUAUGCUCUUUUCUAAGAUAAACCUGAAGUUUGCUUUCUCUUCCCUUUCAGUGUUUUUCCUCAUUGUGAUUCUGUAUUUAGUCCAUAUAUAUGUUCCUGUAGUUUCUUUACUAUGUUUUUUUUCUUGAUGUUUUGGAGAUUUUGAAGGGCUAUGAACACUUUAAGUAACUCAAAGAAUUUUGAAGUGGUAACUCAUGAGGCAUAUGUAGCAAUAACACAAAUGAUGUAGACGUUGCUUGUUUAGAAUUGCUGUGGACAAGAUGGCACACCUAGCUCACAAUAUGUAACAGGUAGUAUAAGAAGCACUGACCAUCACUCUUUACUUGAUCCAUUUUAAUGGCCUAAUAAUGGUGUAUUUACAUAACAAACGUCAUAUUCAGACUUUGUUGUAUUCUGUAAAAAUGUAUUCUCAACCACGCAUCUUGCGAAGGGGGUCGAGUUGAUAAAAAUUUGCUUUACGGUCUUAAUCUCAACAUUUUACAUUUUUAAAAAUAAUAAUUCUGUUGUGCUUUGCAUGUUGCUUUUUCAUGUAACAUGUACAAAUUAUUUAUAAAUUUAACAUAGUCAACUACUUGAUUUUGCAGGACAAUGGUUAGUUAAGCUCAAAAUGUAACGGCUUUGACCACCACGAUAUAGAUUUUGGGUCCAUGCUGCUACUGUACAUGAGGUUUUAUGAAUGUCUUUUUGUUUGAGCACCAAUGAAUAAACACAGUUAAAAGUU